CGAAAGAGACGACAAAAGAGGGAAUAGAGCUUCUGGAAAGUCAAGAACACACAGCAAUCAUGUCGCCAUUGGAUUUUGACGUUUCGAAAUUGCCUUCGAUCGAGGACCCAUGGGGUCCGGGCAGCUACACACCAAACUCGCUCCAGUUCAACGGGGUCCCGUACGCUCCAUUCAUCAAGAGCGACAAGUUGGGCAAGAUUGCGGACUGGCAGUCUGCCAGGGAGGACGAACAGCUGUCCAUGAAGAACAGCAAUUUGCAGAAAAAGAGAGACCAGUACCACGCGUACGGGGCGUCUGCAGCCAAGCUGUUCGGCGCAGAAACCGAAGAGAAGGGCUUCUCGCUCGUUGAGAACGCCGCCUCGUCGGCCGGAAACAAGCAAGCGGUCUUGAAGGGAAACAGAAAGCGUCCGUUCCAGAACGCGAACACGGUGAAGAAGGUGCCAGGCCAGACUGCUGCGCCAAACCAGGUGCCAACAAUCAAGAAGAAGGUAGGAUCGAACCCAUCGGCCAAGAAACAGCCGAUUGUCAAGAACGCAGCCAGAUGGGGGAACAACAGGUGGGGUAACAGGUGGAACAACGAGGACGUGAAGUUGAGAGACGCCUCCAUCACGGUGGACGAGACAUGGACUUCCGUCGCCGAAAUCGAGUUCAACAAGCUCACCAAGUUGAACUUGGAUGUUGGCAAGCCAGAGGUUCUCUCCUCCAACGGCACCAUCCACCAGUACCUCAAGAAAUACGAGACAAACACCGCCACUCCGCUUGAGCCAUCCAUCAAGACCACCUUCAACCAGACCACCAGCAACGAUCCAAACGUGAAGUCCUACGCCAACAAGGGUGAGGCCAAGGUCUUCAUCACCGACGCAAUCAUCUCGCAAUUGAUGUGCGCCCCACGGUCAGCAGCCUCAUGGGACGUCAUCGUCACCAAGAAGGGUGGCAACAUCUUUUUCGACAAGCGUGAAAGUACGUUCCACAUACCAGUGAAUGAAAACUCCCCAAUCACAGACGUCAAGGAGUCCGACAUCAACCACCCAACCAAGCUCGAAUUGGAAGACAUCGAGGUGUCCAACGCGUUUGUGGACGGUUCGCUUGCUAAGAACUCCGUCAACUUGGGCGGAGCCUCUCCAAUCAGCUCUACUGCAGCCAUUCCAAAGGGUUAUAAGUACGUGAAGUUCGAACUUCCAAACGGCGCCUCCACUGACGACGAUUCUCAAGGCUCUGUUUCUAUCCUCGUCCGUGUUGCUCUCGAUGCAUACACCUAUACUGCCUCAUCGAACGUCGCAAUCCACUCUCUGCUACAAUACGAGUCCAAUGAUUGGAGAACAAAGUUCAACGGUGGUUCUCAGGGUAACAUUUUCGUUGACGAAAUGAAGAAAAACAACAACAAACUGUCACAAUGGACCAUGCAAUCUUUGCUGGGAGGACUCAACCAGAUCAAGCUCGGUUUCAUCACCAGAGAAAAUCCAAAAUCUAACGCUGCCCACCUGGUUGCUGGUACAAUGACCUCCAACGUUGACAUUCUAUGUCAACAACUCAAGUUAUCCAUUAACAACGGUUGGGGUAUCGUCAAGUCUUUCAUUGACAUCAUCGAACAUGAAGGUGGUGAAGAAGAUUAUAGAUUUGUCAUUUUCAAAACGCCAAACUCUCAAAAGAUUAUCAUUUACAAGGUUCCUUUCGACUCUUUCGAUUUCUAAAUAUCACAUAUAUAUUAAUUAGCUAUAUAUUACAUCAUAUACUUUGUAAUGGUAUCAAAUGUUCUAUCGUAUUUUAAACCUACUCCCCU